UGACGCAGGAGAACACACCACUUAAAACGCGGCCGCACCUCCCUCUAGAGUUCACAAGGCGAGCGUUCGGGUGCUCACUCUCCAGGCUCUCAGUACUCACCAGGGUGGAACAAGCUCAUCCCCCUCCAGGAACUACUCCCCCCCCCCAACCACCAGGAGGACGAUGUACAAGUGCGUGCUGUUGGCGCUAGCGUGGCUGGCCGGGGCAUGGGCAGCGUGCCCCUCCAGCGGGGACAUCACCCCGUGUACCUGCAGGGAGGAGACGGCCGGCCGGAUUAUGGAGUGCAGUUCCAUCUCCAGCUCUUCCCAGCUCGUCAAUGUCUUCUCGCACGACCUGGCAGACCCGACCUUCCAGUACUUCCAGAUCGUCAAGCUGAGCGGACGCUGCACACUGGAGAAGGUGCCGGCCAACGUCUUCGGCAGCAGCACCUUCAUGUUCGUGUGGUUCGGACAGACAGACGUCGUCACAGUUGACUCUGCAGCCUUUGAAGGUAACGAAAUCACUAUGCUGGAACUGACCUUUGCUGAUGCCAAUAAGAUGACCACCUACCCGUUCGAAUCCUUGGGAGACCUUCAGUCUCUCUACAAGUUCUUCGUCUCCAACAGCCUCAUCGACACCAUCACUCACUUCGGCCCAGCCCCCAACCUUACCCAGGUAAGCGUGACGGGCAGCAAGGUGAGCACCAUCACCCCGGGCGCCUUCGCAGACCUGGGCCGUCUCUCCCGUCUCGACCUCCACGACAACCCCCUCACCAGUCUCCAGGACGGCUGGUUCACCUCAUCGUCCUCAGAGCCGUGGGUGCUGUACCUGGAUGACUGCAGCAUCAGCGACAUCAGCCCGGGAGCCUUCUCUGGCAGCCUCCCCGCCGGCAUCUACCUGGCCGGCAACUCUCUCACCGCCAUACCUGAGGCCACCUUCCUCCCGCUGCUGGAGAACAUGGAGGCGGCAGCAGCGGCCGGCCAACUCACUCACUACAUCGACUUCGACGGCAACCGCCUCGUGUGUGACUGUGGCGUGGAGUGGCUGGCCACCUCGACCACUCUGCUGCCCUUCGUUAGGAACGCCGUCUGCUCCAACGGCGACGUGUCUGGCACCGACAUCGCUGACCUCCCAGCAGACUUCUUCGCCUCCUGCUAGGCCUCUCGCUAGGCCUCCUGCUAGGCCUCCUGCUAGGCCUCCUGCCAGGGCCACAUACCGCGCACACCUCUUUCCUGAGGACUUCGAAUCACUUCAACAGGCCGAGUUGAUCCACCUGCAGCAUUGUAUUCAUGAAUCAUCCUGCUGUCUUCUAAACAAUAAAUCAUUAAGCAACA